AUGCAAAAGAAAGGUCAAUUUUUACAAAAUGUAACAAAUCUUCUCUUUAAAAGAGAAAUUGGUGCAUUUGAUUAUAAAUUAUUAAAUUUGAUGAAAGGAAUAACAACUCUGACAAUUAAUUACAAUAGUAUAGGAGUGGAAGGAGCCAUGCAUAUUAGCAAAAUGGAGCAAUUGACAAAUCUUGAUAUUUGUAAUAGUGUUCUUUAUGAAGAAGGAGCAAAAUAUAUUAGUCAACUGGAACAAUUGAAAUGUCUAGAUAUUGGUUCAAACAGUAUAGGCAAAAACGGAGCUAAAUAUAUUAGUGGAAUGAAACAGUUGACAAGAUUAGAUAUUUUUAAUAAUACUAUUUGUGAGGAGGGAGCCAAGUCAAUCAGUGAAAUGAAGCAAUUGACUCAUCUCAAAAUUACCUUCAAUGACAUUGGAACAGAAGGAGCCAAAUACAUUAGUCAACUGCGAAAAUUAACACAUCUAGACAUCAGUUCCAAUGAUAUUGGUGCUAAGGGUUCCAAAUACAUUAGUGAAAUGAAUCAAUUGACCAUUCUUAAUAUUUAUAAUAAUGAUAUUGGAAAUGAAGGAGUGAAACACAUUAGUGAAAUGAAUCAAUUAACAAGGUUGGAUAUUGGUGAUAAUGAAAUUAGUGCUGAGGGAGUUAAAUAUAUUAGUGGCAUGAAACAAUUGACAAACCUUGAUAUUUCAUGGAAUAAUAUUGGAGAUGAGGGAGCUCAAUUUCUUAGUCAAAUGAAACAAUUAAUUUAUCUUGAAUUUAUUACUUUGGAUUAA